CACUCACAAAUGGAGGUAUCUUCUCGGCGCUGAAGAUCUGGGAAGGAGACUGAGCACAGAUAGAUAGGAGGAGGAAACAGAGAGAGCAGGACUCCAUUCUGCAUGUGUGUUUGGAGAUGAUGGGGUGGUGGCAUGUGGAGGUGUCACUCUGAGGUCCCCCCCCGGCUCCUUCCUAACCUCUGGCGUUUGGUGUCUGCAGAAUGGCGCGUUUUGGAGACGAGCUACCCAACAGGUAUGGAGGAGGAGGAGGUGGUGGUGGCGGUGGUGGCGGGGGUGCCGGCGGACAAGGGGGGCCCGGCCGCGGCGGCAGCAGGCAAGGGGGGCCCCCCGCAGGGCAGCGGGUGUACAAGCAGUCGAUGGCCCAGAGAGCCCGGACCAUGGCCCUGUACAACCCAAUACCCGUCCGGCAGAGCUGCCUAACGGUCAACCGCUCCCUCUUCCUCUUCAGCGAAGACAACUUUGUGAGGAAGUACGCCAAAAAGAUCACCGAAUGGCCUCCGUUUGAAUGGAUGAUCCUCACCACCAUCAUUGCUAACUGCAUCGUCCUGGCUCUGGAGCAGCAUCUUCCUGACGGAGACAAGACACCUCUGUCUGAGCGACUGGAAGAGACGGAGCCGUACUUCAUAGCCAUCUUCUGUUUCGAGUCAGGGAUAAAGAUUCUGGCUCUGGGUUUUGCGUUACAUAAGGGCUCGUACCUGAGGAACGGCUGGAAUGUCAUGGACUUCGUGGUCGUGCUCACUGGUAUUUUGUCGUCAGUGGGGUCUCAGCUCGACCUGAGGACGCUCCGAGCCGUCAGAGUGCUUCGACCCCUCAAACUGGUGUCUGGGAUUCCCAGCCUGCAGGUGGUGCUCAAGUCCAUUAUGAAGGCUAUGAUCCCCCUGCUGCAGAUCGGCCUGCUGUUGUUCGUGGCCAUCCUCAUGUUCGCCAUCAUCGGCCUGGAGUUCUACAUGGGAAAGUUCCACACGACCUGCUACGACAAAGUCACACGAGAGCAAGUAACCAGUAUGCCGUGCGGACAAGAGUUGCCGUCGCGGAUGUGUCCGAACGGCACGGUAUGUGAAAGACGCUGGAUCGGUCCAAACUACGGCAUCACCCAGUUCGACAACAUCCUGUUCGCCGUGCUCACCGUCUUCCAGUGCAUCACCAUGGAGGGAUGGACCGACAUGCUCUACUUCAGUAAUAAUGUGGAGGGCAGUGCCUGGAACUGGAUGUACUACAUCCCCCUCAUCAUCAUCGGCUCCUUCUUCAUGCUCAACCUGGUGCUGGGUGUACUCUCAGGUGAAUUUGCCAAAGAGAGAGAGCGGGUGGAGAACCGGAGCGAGUUCCUAAAGCUGAGGCGACAGCAGCAGAUUGAGAGGGAGCUCAACGGAUACCUGGAGUGGAUCUGCAAAGCAGAAGAGGUGAUCCUGUCUGAGGAUGACGUCACAGGGAACUUUGAUGGAACGAGGCGAAGGCCGACCAUCAAAACCAAAAACAACAAGACAGAGCUGCUGAACCCUGAGGAGGGAGAGGACAACAUGGGGGAUGCAGUGGGUUUUGCCCGCUCCAGUUUAAAGGGCGGGAUAGACGGCUCCAACUACAAUAAAAGGGAGCGACGUUUUCGAUUCUUCAUCCGCAAGAUGGUGAAGACUCAGGCUUUCUAUUGGACGGUGCUCUGCCUGGUGGGCCUCAACACCAUGUGUGUGGCCGCGGUGCACUACAACCAGCCUGAGGUGCUCUCUGACUUUCUCUUCUAUGCAGAGUUUAUCUUCCUGGCGUUGUUCAUGUCUGAGAUGUGCAUCAAGAUGUACGGUCUGGGUCUGCAGCCGUACCUGCACUCGUCCUUCAACUGCUUCGACUGCGUGGUCAUAGUGGGCAGUAUCUUUGAGGUGGUGUGGGCCACCAUCAAACCGGGAACAUCUUUUGGGAUCAGUGUGUUACGAGCUCUGAGACUGCUCCGCAUAUUCAAAGUCACCAAGUACUGGGCUCCUCUCCGUAACCUGGUGGUCUCUCUGCUGAACUCCAUGAAGUCCAUCGUUAGUUUGCUGUUCCUCCUCUUCCUCUUCAUCGUGGUCUUUGCCUUGUUGGGGAUGCAGCUGUUCGGAGGACAAUUCAACUUUGACACAGGAACCCCGCCCACUAACUUUGACACGUUCGCAGCAGCCAUCAUGACGGUGUUUCAGAUCCUGACAGGCGAGGACUGGAACAUGGUGAUGUAUGACGGCAUCCACUCCCAGGGAGGAGUGAACGACAAGGGGAUGGUGUUCUCCAUCUUCUUCAUUGUCCUCACGCUUUUCGGCAACUACACUCUGCUUAACGUCUUCUUGGCCAUCGCUGUGGACAAUCUGGCCAACGCCCAGGAGCUCACCAAGGACGAAGAAGAACAGGAGGAAGCGGCCAAUCAGAAGACAGCUAUGCAGAAGGCUAAGGAGGUAGCAGAAGUUAGCCCGCUGUCUGCAGCCAACCUGUCUAUCGCUGCUAAGGAGCAGCAGAAGAACAACAUCUCCAAGUCGGGCAGCAAGUCGGUGUGGGAGCAGAGGACGAGCGAGAUCCGCCGGCAGAACCUGAUGACAAGCCGCGAGGCGCUCUACAACGAGCUGGAGCAGGAGGACUGGAAGGUGGGGGGCGAAGGCGAAGAAGGGGUGGCCAUCCCAAGGAAAGCUCGCGGUGACAUGAAGACCCACCUGGACCGGCCUCUGGUGGUCAACCCAACGGACAACCGCAACAACAACACCAACAAAACCCAGCCCGGGGACCUGCCUCUGGACCAGGAGUACCAGCGCCAGGACAUCGACCACUACCGCCGAGCCACCCACCACAACCGGCACCACCACCACCACCACCAGAAAGCCAACGGGUCGGAGACCGUAGAGACGAGCCAGCCGACGCAGACCCGCAUGGAGCAUGGCUUCAGCUGCACAUCUCUGGGAAACGUGGAGGUCCAGCCAGGGGAGGAGAGGCACGGCCACAGGAGCCACCGGGGCCACCGGCACCGAAACAGGGAGGCUCGCAGCGUUUCCCCCCACCACACCGAGGGGGUGGAGGGGACCCACGAACACAGGAGGUCCCGGCACCGCAGGGCAGCCAGGGAGGGGGAGGAAGGCCGGAGACACCGAUCUAAAGGGACGGAGGGAGAGGGUGAGAAAGGCGAGGAAGGGGAGGGACGGAAGUCGAGACGGCAUCGCCACAGCAACCAUCGCACUAGAAAGGAGCACCACAGCCUCUCCACCACUCGACCCAUCCAGCAGUACAACGAGGACCUGGACAACUUCCGCAACAACAGCAAAUUGGCCAGCGCCCACGAGCACCCGUACGACCUACCACCGGAUCACCCCGACCACGUCAACAACCUGCUGAACUGUCGUGACGCCGACACCCACACCCUGCUGCACAGCAUGGACAGCCUGAUCCUCACGAGCAUGGCCAAACCAGAGUACACCAAGAUAGACAUGCCACCCGUUUACCCCUACCCCUCCACCAACGCCAUCCUGCAAGUGAACAAGAACGCCAACACGGACCAGAAGAAAAGCGAGGAGAAGAAGGAGGAGGAGGACGAGGGGGGGGACGAAGACGGACCCAAACCCAUGCCUCCCUUCAGCUCCUGCUUCAUAAUGUCCACCACCAACCCGUUUCGGAGGUGCUGUCACUACAUCCUGACUCUGAAGUAUUUUGAGUUCAGCAUCCUGUCUGUCAUCGCCAUGAGCAGUAUCGCGCUGGCUGCAGAGGACCCUGUCAGUCCGGAUUCACCACGAAACAAUGUGCUGCGUUACUUUGACUACGUUUUCACAGGCGUCUUCACAUUUGAAAUGUUGAUCAAGAUGGUGGUACUGGGCCUAUUUCUCCACCAGGGCUCCUACUUCCGCGACUUGUGGAAUAUUCUGGACUUUAUAGUGGUUAGUGGUGCUCUGGUGGCCUUCGCCUCCACGGGGAGCAGUAAGGGCAAAGACAUCAGUACGAUAAAGUCCCUCCGUGUGCUGAGGGUGUUGCGUCCUUUGAAGACCAUUAAACGACUCCCCAAAUUAAAGGCUGUGUUUGACUGUGUGGUCAACUCUCUGAAGAACGUGCUGAACAUCUUGAUCGUCUACAUGCUCUUCAUGUUCAUCUUCGCUGUGGUGGCCGUGCAGCUUUUCAAAGGAAGAUUCUUCUACUGCACGGACGAAUCCAAGGAGUUUGAGCGGGACUGCAGGGGCGAGUACCUGGUGUAUGACAGAGACGAAGUUAAAGCUCAGAAGCGGGAGUGGAAGAAGUACGAUUUUCACUACGACAACGUGGCUUGGGCCCUGCUCACCCUCUUCACUGUCUCGACUGGAGAGGGGUGGCCGCAGGUGUUAAAGCACUCAGUGGACUCCACCUAUGAGAAUCAGGGCCCUAGCCCGGGUUAUAGGAUGGAAAUGUCCAUCUUUUACGUGGUGUACUUCGUUGUCUUCCCCUUCUUCUUCGUAAACAUCUUUGUGGCUCUGAUCAUCAUCACCUUCCAGGAACAGGGGGAUAAAAUGAUGGAGGAUUACAGUUUAGAAAAGAAUGAGAGAGCCUGUAUAGAUUUCGCCAUCAACGCCAGGCCUCUGACUCGCCACAUGCCGAAGAAUAAACUGAGCUUCCAGUAUCGCAUGUGGCAGUUCGUGGUGUCUCCGCCCUUUGAGUACAGCAUCAUGGCUCUGAUUGCGCUCAACACCAUCGUCCUAAUGAUGAAGUUUGACGGUGCAUCAGAGACGUACGACGAGGUCCUGAAGAACCUCAACAUCGUGUUUACCACCUUCUUCUUCAUGGAAUCAGUCCUCAAGGUCAUCGCUUUUGGCCCUCUGAAUUUCUUCAGAGACGCCUGGAACAUUUUUGAUUUUGUGUCGGUCCUUGGAAGCAUCACUGACAUUUUAGUGACAGAGCUAGGGAAUAACUUCAUCAACUUGAGCUUCCUGAGGCUGUUCAGAGCAGCUCGCCUCAUCAAACUGCUGCGACAAGGAGAGACCAUCCGCAUCCUGCUGUGGACCUUCGUCCAGUCGUUUAAGGCUCUGCCAUACGUGUGCCUGCUCAUCGCCAUGCUCUUCUUCAUCUAUGCCAUCAUCGGCAUGCAGUUGUUUGGGAAUUUGAAGCUGGACUAUGAGGGAGAAAGUGCCAUCAACGAGCACAAUAACUUCCAAACCUUCAUCAUGGCCCUGAUGCUGCUGUUCAGGAGCGCGACGGGCGAGGCGUGGCAUGACAUCAUGUUGGCGUGCCUCGGUGGUAAGGAAUGCGACGAGGGCUCAGGGAACAAAGAACCUGAAUGUGGCAGCACCUUCGCCUACACCUACUUCGUCUCCUUCAUCUUCCUCUGCUCUUUCUUGAUGCUGAAUCUGUUCGUGGCUGUCAUCAUGGACAACUUUGAGUAUCUGACCAGAGACUCCUCUAUCCUGGGGCCGCAUCACCUGGACGAGUAUGUAAGGAUAUGGGCCGAGUACGACCCUGCCGCCUGCGGGCGCAUACAUUAUAAGGAUAUGUACAGUUUAUUGCGAGUUAUCUCCCCUCCCCUGGGCCUUGGCAAGAAAUGCCCACAUAGGGUGGCCUGCAAGAGGCUGCUGCGCAUGGAUCUGCCAGUUGCAGAUGACAACACGGUGCAUUUUAACUCCACCCUCAUGGCUCUGAUCAGGACAGCACUGGAUAUAAAGAUUGCCAAGGGCGGUGCAGACAAGCACCAGAUGGAUGCCGAGCUGAGAAAAGAGAUGAUGGCUAUUUGGCCAAACCUUUCGCAGAAGACUCUGGACUUGCUGGUUACACCGCACAAGGCAGCCACAGACUUGACGGUGGGCAAAAUCUACGCCGCCAUGAUGAUCAUGGAGUACUACCGGCAGAGCAAGACGAAAAAGCUGCAGGCCCUGCGGGAGGAACAGAACCGAACGCCAUUAAUGUUUCAGCGCAUGGAGGCGCCCUCUGAGGGAGGGGGCACCGACGGCCAGGGGGGUCAGGGCCCCAACGGCCUCCCCAUCACCCAGCCCGACAACCACACCAGCAUACCUGCCGAGGGUGGCAUGACUGAGAGCCAGUCGUGGGUGACGGCCAAAGCCCAGGAAAUGUUCCAAAAGACGGGCAACUGGAGCCCCGACCGCCCAUACCCCGACGAUCUGCACGACAACCGUCACAACCCGCAGACGGUAGAGAUGAGGGAGAUGGGGCGGGACGGGUACUCCGACACUGAGCCCUAUCACCCAAUGGAUGGGCAUGGGCGGACCCUCUCCAUGCCCCGCCUCUCGGCAGACAACCAAAGAGCUCAUGCUGUUUCGCGGAGGAGACACAGGCCUCGUGGAAAUAACCUCAGUACCAUCACAGACACCAGUCCGAUGCGUCGCUCCACCUCCAGCCUGGUCCACGGGCGUACGGGCCGCGGGGUGAGGCUGGACGACUACUCCCUGGAGAGGGUGGUGUCCGAGGAGGGGAGACACGGAGGAGGUCGCCGGCACAGAGGCAGGAAUCACCGGGCCUCGCAACGCUCGCUGACCAGAUAUACUGACGCUGACACGGGUCUGGGCACAGACCUCAGCACCACCACGCAGUCGGGUGACCUUCCUCCAAAGGAGCGCGAGAGGGACCGCGGUCGGACCAAGGACCGUCGUCACCACCACCACCACCAUCACCAUCACAGCUCCAUGGACAAGGAGCGCUACGGCCCUGAGAGACACGACUACCCCCCCAGGCAUCCCCAAGACCGCCACUGGUCCCGUUCACCCAGCGAGGGGCCCGACGGACGAGGACACAGACAGGGCAGUAGUUCGGUGAGCGGCAGCCCGGUCCCCUCCACCUCGGGGACCAGCACUCCGCGGAGAGGCCGUCGCCAGCUGCCCCAGACCCCUGCAGUCCCCCGUCCACAUGUCACCUACUCCCCCACCGUCCGCAAGCCCAGCUACGGCCCCCCAGGGCCGGGCCGACUGCGCUCGCCCUCCCCCCGACACUUCUCCCCACCAGACCACGACAGAGGCUAUCACCAUCGACCCCCCUCACGCCAAGCUUCUCCCCAGCACGGGGGGUCCUCGUCCCGGCACGGUUCACCUCGGUCCCCUAGGCACCAGUCCCCUCGCUCGCCUCUCCACGGCUCACCCAGGUCCCCUCACCGAGGUCGCUGGAGCGGGGGUCCGCCCGGCGACAGCCUGGAGGGCGACGGGCCCUUCUAUGAGCGCGACUACGAGUACGAGCGACACCACGAGCCCCCUGCCUACGAGCAAAGUCUCUCUCAUGGCAACCCCCACCCACAUGGGGGAAAUCCUCACCCUCACCCACAUCCACGCUCACCUAGGACUGCCCGCCAUGGGCCCCCUCCGCCCCCUCACCCGCAUCCACGUAGGGUGCCCAAUGGCUACCGUUCAUCCUCACCCUCCCCACAUAGACGGGGGCCACCUGGGGUGCCUCCACAUCCCCACCAACGACCCCCCCAUGCCCGAGGGCCCCGCAAGGGCCUGCAUGAACCUUAUAGUGAGACGGAUGAGGAUGACUGGUGCUAGCAACCACAGGGAGCGAGGGAUGAGGGCAGGAGAGGAGGAGAAUAGCGGCCUCCGGUGCUCUGGCCUUGGAUAUGUAGACUUUUAAUAAAGCCGAGGGGGUGAACAUUUUAAUGGGGGUUGGACACCCUCUACCUUCACCCUUCGGACUCUAAAUGAGAAAAAAAAAAAGGGCGGGGGGAGGAGGGGGGAGGCUGCUGCAAGAAGCCUUUUUACAGAUGUUCUGUAAGACUCAAAUCAGUGACAGAGCAGCACAUGGAUGAAAUGAAAAAGAGACAGCCAAGACAGCUAGGGCGAGGCCCGGGCACAGUUUACCUCUCUCCUUCUCAGAACUACACUUCCCAGAUUUCUAUGCUUGACCAGCAAGGCCAGGCUGCAGAAGGAAACGAGAGUUGUGGGAACAAAAGAGCGAAGGAGGAGCAUGUAAAUUGGUCAGGGAUGAUCACGGUUUACGAGCCCUAACGGCUUCUCCCAGACUGUCGCGUGAUUGGUUAGUUUCGUCAGAUGUGUGCUAUCUGUCGCUGGCCAGUCUGCUAAAUGUAAAAGCCUGAAAAUGAGCUGAAACACAGAGUCCACUGCUUUGAGUUUGCUCCUCGAACAGAUAUGUUUAAAGAAAAAUAAAUUAACAAAAAGCCAGGACCCCCUAACCCUUACAUGCCAAGCUAUGCCUCCAGAAAAUCAAACUUGAACAAUGAAGAACAAAAUGAAACUUUACAUGACAAUGAAAAGAAAAAAAGGGAGAACAACCACUUUAUCUUUAACCUUUUUCCUUUCCAAGGGACAGAACCAGGAAGCUCCGCCUAUACUGCAAAAACCAGCCAAUCACAGCGCUGGCUGAUAUUUGAUGAGUUUUAUCAUCUCUGUUUACUGUUAAAGACUCACUUAAUGCUGACGGAGCUGGUGUGACAUCACUUCCUGUUCGCCAGUGGUGAUAGUGGAGGAGGGUGGGGCACGUGUGGGCUCACUUCCUUUUCGAGUGCGCUUUGGGGGGGUGGGCUCAGAUAACUUGAGAAGGUAGUCGGACACCUUGUCAAGCCCCUUCCUCCUCGGUUACUCGACCUGGUGCAAAGGUGAGGGAUGACCUGACAGGAAAUUACAUCACACGUUGAAAGGGGCGGAGGACAGGAAAGGAGGGAUGGGGAAAAAGACUUAUUUCUUCAGUAUUUCUUCUAUCGAUUACUUCUCCUUCUUGUUCUUCUUCGGACAUUGGAGCUUGGUUCUUCUGUUGCAUUCGCUCAGCCUCCUUUGAUCUUUUUUGGAGUCCAAAAUUUGAUGGAAACCUGCAUGAUUGAUUAAAUACAUACUAGAGAGGAAACCUAACUGGUGUGGGUGGGACCUGGGGGCUUUAUAGGAAACUUUGCAUUUAGGUUUACAAAAGAAGUCCUCUUCUUUCAGACACUCUUUCUCCUUCUCUAUUUGACAUCUCAAAUGGGACUUUAGUUUUUACCCCAAACAGGUUUUGACAGUCGGCCAUUUUGUUUGACUUUUCUGCCGAUGCUGUUCUGAAAUCUACGUUUCUACGACCUGUUAAAAGACAGGAAAACCUGCAGGAUCACAUUCCUGUUUUUUGCCUGAAAAACAAGAGGGGGGAAAGAGUGGAGAGAAGCGGACUUCUACCACACUUGAUUUAUUAUUGUUAAUGAUGAUAGUCUUAUGAAUAAUGAUAUCAAUGUCAAUGCAAAAUGACGAUGACAAUGAUGAUGAUACUGAUGAUUGAUUGUUGAUUGAUUGAUUGAUUGAUGGAACUGUUGCUGUAGAUUUGUUGUCAUGUUAAUUGGAGUUUAAGUAUGCUAUGUCCAUCUUGUUUACAUCCGUUAUGUUUUUUAUCCCCCCGUUCAAUGACGUUUACCGGGUUCCUGAUGCUUUCUUGCAACAUUUUGGGGCAAGGACGGCUCGGGAACAUCCACUUUGCAGCAUUGCGUGUUGUAACGCAACUCUUAAGAUACACUCGCUCUACAGAAUGGUGAAGGUAGAAGUCAGGGGAGCUUCAGUACCUUACAUGCAAAGAUUUGUGGGGUUCGUACUCUUGUCAAGCCAACCCAAAGAUCAAGAACUCAUGUUCAAAGGGUGGGGUAGACCAGAUCAUUGAGAAUGUGGAAGAGUUUGUGUUUUACAUUGCGGAGGUUUCAGACCAGCCUGAGGUUAAAGUUCUACAAAGGUUGAAUUCUUCCACUAGCAGCCAAAAAAAAAACUAAGGAUCUCAAUCUGUUCCCUCUGUCUGGCUCUGUAAUUGUGUAGUGCGAUCAGUUGCCGGCAGUGACAGCACAGUAUUGGUGGUACAAUGUUGGUGUCUGUAUUAGGUGGGUGUUGUUCUCUAUUUUUGCCACCAGGGGGCAGUUAUCAGCGCACAUUAUCCGCCCUGCCUUCCCCCUCUACAGGACAGCCUCCAGGCCACAUCCUGUUUUCUAGACCUGGACUGAAAACCUCUACUUAUACCUGUCUCUUAUAUCUUUGUAAGAUAUAUAGACCAAGUCCAGUCCUAGUCAGGAAACACGGAUGUAGCCUGAGAGACGCCAUAUCUGUCCGUUUGUCGGCCCGUCCUUCUGUCUGCUUGUCUGUGCCAAUGCUGACGACCCCCUCCCCCAAACCCCUUCUCUCAGGUCUGGAUAACCAGAGAACAGUCACCAAAAUCCCCAAUCCAAUCACAUGAGGUUGUAGCAAAGCUGAAACCUCUUCUGCCAAAACCCACUUUAGUAUCCGCCAACCUCUGUCUCCUCAUCUACCUUUUUUCUUUUUCUGUCCAUUUGCUUUGACAUCUGUUCUUUCAGCUUGCCAGAGAGCGACACUGAAGACACAAAAGGCAUUACAAGACAGAAACACUUAAAGGACUUCUAUUUUCAUCCUUAUUUUUAUGAAGGACAAUAAUUAUUGAGUAUUCAAUAACUCUAGGACAAGAUGAUAAAGUAUAGAUAAAUAUAUAGAUGAUAAAGUACGUAUAAAUCUAGAUAUAAAACAGUAGAUGUAGUUAUAGAUAACACAGAGUAUAAUUAGAGUUUCAGAUAUUUAUUUAUUUUGCAUACCGUUCAUGCUCAUGACACGGUUGACGAUCUAGCUACUCUUGAAACCUCGCACUGUUUUCUCCGCAGUCGCAUAAGCCAGAAGACAAACCCCAGUCCACGUGUUUUGACACUAUGCAGACCUCAUAAGCAUCCUCAUGGUAUUAUUUUCGGAGGAAAACCUGCAAUGCUGUGGUACUGUAGAACGGAUAAAUGAAGCUACUUGUGAAGAUCGGCACCUCGUUUGCACACGUCUCUUGACAUCACACACAGUGAAACCCCUUUUGUCACCCUCAUCUUUUUCUCUCCUCUCCCGAAGUGUGUUGCCUCCAGGCCUAGCGGUUGAGCAUAGCGUAGUGAAGAUGGGGAAUAGGGGGGUUUUGUUUUCAUUGAUUGUUUAUUUGAUUGGCGGGAGUCGAGGGGCACAAACCCCAAACCCCUCUGCCCACACCUCUCAUAAAGUGAGGUUACAACAGGUGGGGACGUUUCCUCAAAACCCCCUACAGAGCCACAGUGCCUUCUGUAUCAGAGUCACAUUUGUCACCCCCCAUUCUCCUCGCCGUUAGCCCCCCCGCCCCCUUUACCCUCUGUAGUAGUUGACAUCAACCACACUACGCCUUAAGAGUCAAGUCCCACCGGCUCCCAUACUAGUCUAGAAACAGGGAGAGUGGUGGUUUUGAGACUGGGUCACAGUGAGGGAUGAGCGAAGAGGCUAGCCUUGAAGCAAUCAAAACAAUCUAAUUCAAACACAAACAGAUAUUUGUAGUUUCCAAAAAAUCAAAAGAGAUCCAUACAGUUUGAAUCAAAGCCUCAUGGUGUUUUGACGUCAUUGAUGAUUUAUCGGAUGAUGCUAACAAGCUAGCCCUCUUGGUUUCAACUCCCUGUUAGGCAGGGCAUUUUGUGUCAAUCCAGGAAAUAUCGUGGGUCCAGUUUCAGGCGGUGUAUUGAAAGGUUUACAGAGGUGCAACGCUUACUUCUCAGGUCCGUCUAGAGUUAGGUAGCUAGCUAGUUAGACAACGUAGGGAAAUGUCAGCUACAAAAAAAGCAGGCCUCGGAUUGAGUUAUUGUAUGGUUUUACCUGGCAUGGCGUCAGACGUUGUAAUGUCAACCCCCCGCCCCCCCCCUGCCCUCUUAUCCCCUUUCACUGACUCCAUUCACCCUCUGACACGUCAUCUGCCCGACGCACCAACACCAACACCGGCGUGUUGAAAGACAGGCAGGAAAAACCCACCUCCAUUUUGGCUCCACAACACCACUCGCUCGUCCAGAAUUGUAACAGCCGAUCCAAAAUGGCCGACACACAACACUGCCUUUGUGUGAGAGCAUGUUGUGUGUGUGCUUUUCCGAAAACAAACCCCAUUCUUUGGAGAAAAAUAAUCAGAUUUUUCUUUAGUUGUUUUCUUUGAACGGGGCUGGGGGGGAUUGCAAGGUGUUUGCUAAGUCAUUGCUUCUACUGUCUGUGUCUUCACCUCUUGGCUUCUGUCACCCAUCGGACUAUCCUUUUAUUUUGGGUUGUUCUUCGUUUUUUGGACGAAGGAAAAGCAACCAAACCAUCCACUCAGUCGGCUGUGAAAUUGUGUCAGUGGGUCAGCCGUGAGGCAACGCGUCGACAAAAACACGAAUAAGGGCUCUCUUUAAAAAACAAAACUACACAGUGGGUUUUAAUGUACAGUAGUGCUGCCAAAAGUUGUGCUUAUGUAGCUGAAGCCACGCUGUGGUCUCCCCUUUGUACAGCACUAGAUGUGUGUGUGUGUGUGUGUGUGUGUGUGUAUGUGUGUGUGUGUGUGUGUGUGUGUGUGUGU